AUGGGUUCCAAGAUUGGUGACGAGAAGUGGCCAGAUAUCUCCUCCGAGAGCGCGGAUAGCCUUGCCGACAAACCCAGCCAAGAACCCUCAGAGGCUGAGACUAUUUCGCUCCCUCACGAAAUCAAGUUUGUCGGCGUGAUAUGCAUGGCUCAGUUCUGCACACAGGCGGCAUUCAUGGGCACAUUGGUGCUUUUGCGCACAAUCGGAAAUAGCUUCAAUGUCACGAGCCCCCCACAGCUUGCUUGGCUCGUCGCGGGAUAUUCUCUUACUGUGGGAACUUUCAUCCUGAUUUCCGGACGGCUAGGCGACGUUCUAGGCCAUAAGCGAAUGCUGCUUACUGGUUUCUCCUGGUUCUCCAUUUGGUCAGCUAUCGCUGGGAUCAGCGUCUACUCUAAGAGCUACAAGUUUGCUGUUUUUACACGAGUCCUGCAGGGUAUUGGGCCGGCCAUCUGCAUGCCUAAUGCCUUAGCCAUCCUUGGCACAUUCUAUCCACCGGGUCCUCGCAAGGCUAUGGUGUUUGCCAUAUUUGGAGCCGUAGCACCAAUCGGCGCCGUACUUGGUGGUGUAUUUGCCUCGCUUCUAGCACUGGCCUGGUGGCCAUGGUCUCUUUGGGCUUUGGCUAUAUGGCUCGCUAUUCUGGCUGCGGCAGGACACUUUGUGAUCCCCACGCCGCCGAAGAAGACGAAACAAAUCCAAAACAGAGAUUGGAAGUCUAUUAGUGAAACAUUGGACCUUCCUGGCGCUUUCGUUGGUAUCGUAUCCCUGGUUCUUUUUAAUUUUGCUUGGACCCAGGCCCCGAUUGACGGCUGGCCAGCACCAAGUGUUAUUGUUUCCCUUAUUUUUGGUGUUCUGUUGUUCGGAGCGUUUCUUCUUGUUGAGUUUAAGUUUAGCCCAAUGCCUCUUUUACCAUUUGACAUCGUCAACGCUGACGUUGGAUUUGUUCUGGCAACCACUGUUUGUGGGUGGGCGACGUUCGGUAUUUGGACUCUCUACCUGGUUCAGAUCCUCCAGGACAUCCGCCAGCUUUCACCAUUGCUGACGAUCACAUGGUUUUGCCCGGUGGCAAUUGUCGGCGCGUGUGCGGCGGUUGUGAUGGGCAAGCUGUUUGCAUUGCAGGUAAGGCCGUCUAUCAUCAUGACACUUGCACUACUAGCCUUCACAGCUGGCUCGAUUCUCACCGCACUGGCGCCAACGGAUCAGGUGUACUGGGGUCAGAUAUUUGUAUCCAUGCUUAUCAUGCCCUUUGGCAUGGAUAUGAGCUUCCCUGCUGCCACUUUGAUACUCUCGAACGCCGUAUCCAAGGAACAUCAGGGCCUUAGCGCCAGCUUGGUUAAUACCGUUGUAAACUAUGGCAUUACUCUUGGGGUAGCGUUUGCUGGCACUGUCGAGAUGCACACGCAUGGCAAGGGCGGGACAAUGGAGGACAGACUGCGCGGUUUUCUGGCUGCACUAUACAUGGGCGUUGACCUCGCAGACCUGGGCUUGAUCGUGUGCCUGGUAUUUUUGGUAACAGAAUUCUUAAGAUCGCCAACGCGAAAGGGAUAA